CCUCCUUCUCUCUCUCAUGUAGUAUAUUGUCCUUGUGCAGCUUCUCGCCUCCUCCCCCUUCUCCGCCUCAUUACAAAGAUGGCGGCCCCUGCAUCAGGCUCAGGCCCGGGCGGCUCCUCGGGUGUCCCCGCCGGCUCCGCGGGCCCCGUAGGUCCCAGCACCAGUAGCAGCAGUGUGAAUCCGUUUCUGAGUGAUUCUGAAGAAGAAGAAGAGGAGGAGGAAGAAGAAGAAGAGGAGGAGGAGGAUGAUGCAGAUAACGAGGAAGAAGAUGUCUCUCCAAUAGACGGCCGCCCGGGACCCCCGCUCGCCGGCCGCUAUCCCGCGGAUGACAGCGACCCCCCUUGCCUGCAGCUGGCCGGGCCCCGGCUCAGUAAUGCCCUGCCGUCCGGGGAGCCGGGCCGGGUACCGCUGGAUGCGGUGGCGGCGCAGUUGCUGCGGGAUCAGCUGCUGCUCACAGCCCUGGAGCUGCACACUGAAAUGCUGGAGACCGGGCGGGAGCUGCCAAGGCUACGGGAUUAUUUCUCCAACCCGGGAAACUUCGAGAGACCGACGGUUGCCGCGGCACCACCCUCCACAGGCAUCUCCAACCCCAGCACUGGGGGACAGCUGAAUCGAGCUGGUAGCAUAAGCACUCUUGAUUCACUGGACUUUGCUCGUUACUCUGAUGAUGGAAACCGGGAAGUUGACGAGCGUGUGGCAGUCCUGGAGUUUGAGCUACGGAAAGCCAAGGAGACCAUUCAGGCCCUCAGGGUCAACUUGACACUGGCUGCAGAAAACGAAGGUCCUUUGCAGGAACGAAAGAAUUAUAAAUCAAGUCCUGAAAUUGAGGAAUCUAUUAAACCUCUUGAGAAAAGAGCACUAAAUUUCCUUGUGAAUGAGUAUUUAUUGAAAAAUAACCACAAGCUUACUUCUAUAACUUUUUCUGAUGAAAAUGAUGACCAGGACUAUGAACUGUGGGAUGAUGUAGGAUUAAAUAUCCCAAAACCUCCAGACCUUUUGCAACUUUAUCGUAAUUUUGGGAGCCACCAGGCUAUAUUAAAAGACACUGCAGAUGUUGCAGUUGCUGUAAAAGAAGAUGACCUUGAGCCCCUUCCUAGUGCCCAGAAAUCCAUAGUGGAGUCCCAGCCUGACCAGUCAUCUGCAGUAGUUCAAGAACUAGAAAAUAAAAUCAGCCAGUGCAAUGAAGAAAAAGUGGCUUUACUGGAACAAAUUAUGACUCUCCAGAGGGAACUUGAGGAUCUAAAGGCAAAACCUGUGACAGAUGUUUGUUCUGAAAAGCCAAAGCUGCCUGACAGGCUACAGAGUCAAACAUCGGUGGAGAGUGAUCCUUACAUGGAUAUAAGAAUGUCAGACAUUGACAGCAAAUGUGACAGGACUGAGGAAAGCCAAAUUAUGGAGCAUUUAGAAACAGACUUGCAGCUGGCUGAAGAUAUUCCACCCAUUGCUGACAUGUCGGAUAUUACCAAAAGGGUACUUCUUUCUACCCUACCUCUUAAGGAUGGCAUCCAGUUUGACCAACCUAACAGAAAACUGUCCCCAGCUUUUCAUCAAGCACUACUAUCUUUUUGUCGAAUGUCAGCUGACAGUCGUUUGGGUUCUGAGGUGUCCCGCAUUGCUGACAGCGACAAUGGAGUCAUGCUGAUGCUGGGUCGCUGUCUGCCUCAUAUUGUCCCAAAUGUGCUUCUAGCAAAACGAGAGGAACUGAUACCACUUAUACUGUGCACUGCCUGCCUCCAUCCAGAGCCUAAAGAAAGAGACCAGCUCCUGCAUAUACUCUUUAAUUUAAUCAAGCGCCCAGAUGAUGAGCAAAGGCAGAUGAUUUUAACUGGAUGUGUGGCCUUUGCCCGACAUGUUGGCCCAACGCGAGUUGAAGCAGAGCUUUUACCACAGUGUUGGGAACAGAUUAAUCACAAAUAUCCAGAAAGAAGACUUCUUGUGGCAGAGUCAUGUGGAGAUCUGGCACCUUACUUUCCUAAAGAAAUCCGGAGCUCUCUUGUACUAUCUAUGUUACAACAAAUGUUAAUGGAAGACAAAGCCGAUAUGGUGAGAGAAGCUGUGAUUAAAAGCCUCGGCAUUAUUAUGGGGUACAUUGAUGAUCCUGACAAAUAUCAACAGGGGUUUGAGCUCCUGCUGACAGCCUUAGGUGACCCAUCAGAAAGAGUGGUGAGUGCCACUCACCAGGUGUUCUUACCAGCCUAUGCUGCAUGGACUAUGGAACUGGGCAAUCUCCAGUCUCAUCUUAUUCCCACUCUUCUCACCAAGAUUGAAAAACUCCUCAGGGAAGGAGAACAUGGGCUGGACGAACAUAAACUGCACAUGUAUCUUUCUGCCUUGCAGUCCCUUAUCCCUUCCCUCUUUGCUAUCGUAUUACAAAACGCACCAUUUACAAGGAAAGCCAAGCUUCAGGGAGAAAUACCCCAGAUAGAAGUGACUAGAUUUCCUCGGCCCAUCUCGCCUCUUCAAGAUGUAGCCACCAUCAUUGGUAGUCGUGAGCAGCUGGCUGUACUUCUUCAGCUUUAUGAUUACCAACUUGAACAUGAGGGUACCACAGGAUGGGAAACUCUACUUUGGGUUGUGAAUCAAUUAUUACCGCAACUUAUUGAGAUAGUCGGUCGCAUUAAUGUUGCCUCUACAGCUUGCGUUCAUGAGUUCUCGAGGUAUUUCUGGCGACUGUGCAGAACAUUUGGAAAAAUAUUUACCAAUACAAAGGUGAAGCCACAGUUCCAGGAAAUCUUGAGGCUGUCUGAGGAAAAUAUUGACUCUACAGCGGGAAAUGGUGUCCUGACAAAAGCCACUGUCCCAAUUUAUGCAACUGGAGUUCUAACAUGUUACAAUCAGGAAGAAGAUCGCAAGCUGCUAGUUGGCUUCCUUGAAGAUGUGAUGACCAUGCUCUCAUUAUCUCAUGCACCACUGGAUAGUUUAAAAGCCUCUUUUGUGGAACUGGGGACUAACCCUGCCUACCAUGAGCUGCUACUGACUGUGCUUUGGUAUGGUGUUGUUCACACAUCAGCACUUGUCAGGUGUACUGCUGCAAGAAUGUUUGAGCUAAUUCUCCGAGGCAUGCGGGAAUCCUUAGUUGACAAGCGAGUUGCUCCGGCCCUUGUUACCUUGUCCAGUGACCCAGAAUUCUCUGUACGGAUUGCCACAAUCCCAGCCUUUGGUACCAUCAUGGAGACUGUUACGCAGAGAGAGUUAUUAGAGAGAGUGAAAAUGCAACUGGCUUCAUUCCUUGAAGACCCUCAGUAUCAAGAUCAGCACUCCAUGCAGACAGAAAUUAUAAGGACGUUCGGUAGAGUGGGACCUAAUGCAGAGCCAAGGUUCAGAGAUGAAUUCGUUCUUCCUAAUUUGCACAAGUUAGCCUUGGUCAACAAUCAACAGUCAGUGGAUUCCAAGAGACUUGACAUUGCAACAAACCUGUUUGAAGCUUACAGUGCGCUUUCCUGCUGUUUCAUAUCUGAGGAGUUAAUGGUAAAUCACUUUUUACCAGGACUCAGGUGUCUACGUGCUGAUAUGGAACAUCUGUCCCCUGAACAUGAGGUUAUUUUAAGCUCCAUGAUAAAAGAAUGUGAACAUAAGGUGGAAAACAAGACAGCCCAGGAGCCACAAGGUUCCAUGUCAAUCGCAGCAAGCCUCGUGAGUGAAGACACAAAAACUAAGUUUUUGAACAAAAUGGGCCAGUUGACAACAUCUGGUGCAAUGUUGGCGAACGUUUUUCAGCGCAAGAAAUAAAUGGCUUGCUGCCAGCCAAUAAAACACUAAAGAUGGACCACUUGCUCCUUGUACUUGAACUACUUGCCUUUUUAUUUUAUUUUCUUCCUGUCUUACGUUCUUGUAAUAUAUUUUAUCGAAGACUCCAAAGAAAUUUGCACUUCAUUAGAAUCCGCAUGUCUGU